AUGCAAGCACAAGCAAAGCCCCGGCCCAUGACAUUCACGGGCUGUUGGACAUGCAAAGCAAGGAAAGUCAGAUGUGAUGAAAGGUCACCCACAUGCAAGAAUUGUGAGAAGCGAGGUAUUCCCUGUGGCGGCUAUGAUAUUAGACUGCAGUGGGUAUCAGACCCGUUCGCAGAGCCUGAUAUGGUCGCAAAUUCCAAUAAACAAGGGCGACGGAGAAUAUUGCUAGAUACCGUGUGUCGGUACCAGGAAGAGGACAUCGAUGACUUCCUAUCCAGUAUCGAGCAUGAUGUAGGAUCUGGUUUAUCGUCGAAAAGGGGUCCCUUCUCAAUUUUCCCAUUACAUAUUGAGGACCGUGACUCCUCCCAGAGCUUGGUCCUGUCACCUGAUGAGCUAGGGGGAGAUCAGGCAGGCUGGAGCUCCGAUGGAUACUUGGCAGGGUCAAUAGGUAUCGACCGCGACUAUGCCCAAGACACAGAGUUGCAGGACUUGGAGCUAGACCAAGCCUCACUCCAAUUUGAACCUUCCUGUAAUGCUUCUUCUGACAAUGCAGUCGAUGUCUACGGCUUUCAUAUUCACAGCCAAUCCAGCACGGAGAUUGGCGGGAGUAUCAGGGAGCACGAUCAUUGGGUAGAACUCACCUCGGCUCAUGGAACGAUGAGUGAGAACCCCCCAAUAUGCGACUGGGGUGAUUCACUAGUGCACUCAGAUACCACACCACUAUCCACAUCUCCAACUUUGUCUGGCUUAACGCUUAUUCCAAUUAGGCACAUUGCAAGCAAUGCUUUUGGAGAUGGGGAAGUUGUGAAGCUGAUGCUCCACUACUUGGAUCAUAUUGCAGAUCUUCUCCAACCCAUCCUUCACACCCAAAAUCCAUAUCGCAGCUUAUAUGCUGCAGCUGCAAUCGAAGGCGCACAGGUCAGCAUGUCAAACCAAAUUGCGACCAGAGCAAAACUGCAUUCAGCGAUCUAUCACGCCAUUUUAUCAUCAGCGGCAUUCCACUUGUGGAACCGUGAUAAACUCCAGACCAGAUGCUACAAUAUAGGUGCUAAACAUAGGCACUAUGCAAUUCAAUCUGUGCAGGCUGCCGUCGACUCCUCCACACCAGGGGCAGAUUACAAAUUUUGGUUGAUGGCAAUAUUAUCUCUUUGUACACUCGGAGUAAUAUCCGGGGAUGGAGACUUCAAAGUGCACUUGGAUGCUGCAACCAAACUACGAAAUUCGCGCAAAAAAUGGAGUUUGAUCAGUAGCUCGACCCGGCAACUCAAUGAGAUCAGUGCCUUUUUAGCACUCAUGGCCCGAACAGUGUCUUUCGAGGCUACUCUGUCACCUUGGCCCGGUAUCGAAGCCGACAUCUCUCACACAGAGGAUAUGACCAUUCAGUCAAGCAGUUGUUAUGAAUACAUGUACGGGAUCACAUCAGCCAUCGCCGCAAUGAUCCAGGAAACGUGUCGACUGGGUGAAUUUGUGGCUCAGUUCGAGAGGCAAAAACAACCUAUCCCAGACGAUCUUCUCCAGGCCUGUGAAACCUUAGGCGAUACCCUGCUAUCCUGGAGCCUGGAAAAUGAGAGAAUAUCGUCAAUUGUGACAAGUGAUGACUUGAUGAUGACCCUGUUCAACCAUCAGGCAAAAGCUUGGCAUUAUGCGGCAUUGAUUUACUAUUACCGACGUAUCCAACAUUACAAGCCCAUGGAUGUCAGAGAGGAAGUUCAGGAUAUCAUCGAGCACCUAGAUGCUGCCGAGCAUGUCAAGUCGAGGUCAAAAUCCCGUCGAGUGCGCAUAAUGGCCCCGAUCACAUGGCCGAUGUUUAUUGCUUCCUGUGACGCCAUCGGCGCACAACGGGAUUCCUGUAAAUCGUGGUGGCACCGAGUAGAUCAUUACGGGAUCACGAACAUAUCUAGGCAAUGGGAUAUAGUACAGCGGAUCUGGGAGAAGGUGGACGCCAACCGCAAUGAGCUCGGUCCACUCUGUUGGAUGGAGAUUUUUGACUCUGUGGGAAUUAAUGUGUUACCUAUAUGA